AUGUCAAUUAAAGGUGAGUCUUUAAAAUUUGGUUAAAUGAUCUCUAUAAGUCCUCUAGCCAAUUAAUCCUUAUUUGUCUAUAGUGAUGGAUUAGUUAAAACUGAUGCAAAGGUAAUAGUAAAAAAUAUCAAAUUAGCUGGUUGAAAUAUCACCAGAUAUAAUGGCCUCAGGUUCACUCUACUACUAUAGUUUGUUUAGAAUUUAUCCUGAUUUUAUUACAUCUAAAUUACAAAUGGCUGUUAAUUUCAAAGAAGAAACCAUGCAAGAUGAUAGUUCAAAAUAAAUGUAGAAACUCAAAGAUCUGUAAACAAAAGUACUGAUCAUAAAUUAAUCAUAGAUUAUAGCUGAUUAUAAAUCUAAUAUAGAUGUUUCUGCUAAAUACAAAGAUAAGCCUUUAUCUUUUAAUAAUUUAAUUUAGUUUAUGCAUGUUGCAACUAAUCGAUUUUUAUCUCUAUCUAGUAAAGAAGCUAAAGAAGAAAAAGAAAACUUUAGGUUAGAAUUAGUAGAAUAUCCAUCAUCAAAAACAAUAUUUUAAUUAUAACCUGCUUUUGUUCAUUAAAAAGAAUCAAAUUCAGAAGUUUAUGCAGGUGAUAGUGUUUAUAUUAUGUGUGAUCAUAUUUAUUUAGGAAUUAAACCAAAAUUAAGAGCUACUCUUAAAUAUGGUGUUAUGGAUACAUAUGAAUAUUUAUAAGAUAGAUCCAUCUAUGCUGUUCCUAAUCUAAAAUUACUUAAAAAAAUGACAGAUUAAUUAGCACAAUAAUAAGAUACUUUAGAGAUCACACCAACAAUUUAAAAAUUUUAGAAAGUAGCAAGCUUAGCAAAAGGACAAAGUAUUCGAAGAUAAACUACUUGUAUUUUAUAUUAUAGAUAAUAAUUAGUAAAAUAAGAAGAAGAAGUAAAGCCUAUUGGAUAAACAAGCGAAGUCAAUAUAUCCUUAGAACAUUAGAGUGCCUGGGUUUUAACUGUAUUUUGUAACUAAAAUGAUAAUGAAUAAAUUAUCAGUUGUAAUGAUGUUAUAUGGAUUCAUCACAUUGAAGAAAAUUCUCUUCUCACUUUGGGAAGGAAUUAAGAUAGCGAAUUAAUUAUUACUUUUUAAAAGUAAUCAAAUGAACAACAGGGUGAAUUUAACGGAGAUUCUAAUGGAAUGUUUUAAAUUGAAAAUGAAGAUCUUAAUAUAGGAGGAUUAGUAGAAUGGGGAUAAAAUAUAAGAUUGAGACAUUUUAUUCUUGGAAAAUAUUUAGCUAUAAAUUAUGAACCUAUUAAAUCAGGUUAAUUAUUAUUAUACUUGUCUGAUUAACCUACUCCUAAUACUCUUUUCUAAUUUGUAGCUGUACCUACAAUGGGAUCAAAUGCAAUAAGCUAAAAAUAUGUUACAAAAGAUGCAUUCAUGAAGAUUAAAGCAGUUGGAAAGUCUACAUAAUGGGUACAUAUUGAAUAAAAAAAAAUUGUAAUUUAUUUAAUAUAUUUAAGCUACAAGCAAAUAGUAAAUAUAAGGACACAGUUGUUGAAGAAGAUAAAUCAGUGCUCGUUAUUAGAUUAACUGAUAAUACAGAAGAUGAUGAUGUACUAAAAUUAUACAAAGCAAAUUAUAGUGAUGUCUUAGAAACUAAUUUUUUAAUAACAGGUUUCCCAGUAUUAAGAAGAGGUUUAACUAAACUUAAAGCUAAUAAAGAUAUGACUAAGGAAGCAUAGAAAUAAUAAAUGAUCAAAACUUAUAAAAAAUUGACAACAACUAUUGAAAAAUUAGAACUUUUUUGCAUAAAUUCUCUAAUUAAUACUUAACUUGAUAUCAAAAACACCAAAGUAGCAAUAUUAUAGAGAUAGAAAAUAUUGAGAGAAUAAUAUUUUAUUGAUCUUUUAAUUGAAAUUAUGAAGUAUAUUACUAAUGAGGAUGAAUUAAGAUAAUAUAGUGAAUAUUAAUUAGCCUAACAUAAAGCUGCUUUAGAAAAAUAAAUGAGAAAUACUAUUGUUGUUUCAUAAAGAUCUCACAUUGGUUCUGAUUAAAGCCCUAUAAGACCUACUAAAGAUUCAUAAAUUAAUUCUUUAAGUACUUUUAAAUUUUUUUCUAUUUUUAGAUUAAAUUGCUAUAGGUAGAUCAGCAGCUAGUUAAUUAGUUUCCUCGCAUACAAUAUAAUCUUAAUAAAGAACUUAAGCUAGAAAAAAAAAAAUGCAAAUGGCUUUUUUAUCUGAAAAAAUGAGUGUUUUAAAAGUGAUCUAUCGAUUACUCAGAAGCAUUUGUUAAGAUAAUCCAGAAAAUUAAUUUUACAUAUACAAAUUGUUCCCAAACUUUCUAUAUUAAAUCAAAUAUUUUAAAGAGGCUACAGAUUGUAUAAUUACUGUUCUUAGUGGCAACGAAUAAAUUUUAAUAAAUUUAUGUGAUCAUAUUAAAUUAAAUGAGAAAUUAAAAGCUAGAUAGCAGAUAGAUAGUGAUGAAUCAUAAUUAUCAGAUGAAAUGGAUAUUUAGUUCAAUUCAUCUGCUGAUGAAAAGAAAAAUAUUUUAUUAUAUUAUAAAAAUUUGACAGAAGAUAGUCAAGGACAAAGAAAUAUAUAAUAUUUAUAAUUUUUUAGAUGUAUAUGUCGACUUAAUGAUUAAAGUAUAUCUGUAAAUUAAGAAAUGAUCUUCAAAUUUAUCAAAUAAAAUGAAAAUUUUAAAAGUUCACUAUUUAUGCCGAUUAUAAUGUAAAUUUAUCAUAUAUUAUGAGUGAAUCCACAAAGAUGAAAAUUUAUGUUGAUCAUACUUAAAUUGCUUACUUAACCAGUAUUAAGGAGUAAUUAAUUCUAUUAUUCUAGUUCAUUGAUCAAAAAUUAUUUAAUAGAGUAAUUAUUUUUAUAUGCAGAUCUUGCGUAUUAGAGAAACUUUUUGUGGAAAUCUUAUUUGGAACGUAUUUUUCCUACCUAAUUUAUUUUUGAUUAAGUUUUCGAUGAUUCUAUGUCAAUAGAAUAUAGAUCUGCAUUCUGUAAUAUGGCUAUUACAAGUAAUAUAUACUAAAAUGUAUAGUUUAUGUCGAUCAUGAACCCUUCAAUAAAGCAAUUGUACCAAAUUUAUGUAGGUUAUAUACAGAAACUAAACCAAUUUCAAAAAGUGUCUAAUCUUUAAGUAAACUUGAAAAACUGGUGGAUAUAUAUAUACCUUUGGUUUAAAAGACUUUUGAAUUUUUAGAAAUUCUUUAUAAGAAAUUAAAUGAAGAUUUGGAAUAUAAAAAGGAUCCUAAAUAUAAAAAUAAUUAAAAUGAAGAUUAAGAAUAAAACAAAAAGGGGACAAAAUAAAAACCCAAUCAAAAUGAAGAAGAUGCUUAUAUUAAUCCAUUAGUAUUAGAUAUUACUAAACUUAUAUCAAUUAUGAUCAGAUUUGAUAUGUUGAAAAUAAUGAAAAGAGAUGAAUUGUAUAUAAAAAUUGUACCUAAACUAAUAACACUUUUAGAAUAUGAUAAAAAUAAUCUGCUUUAUUCUUAUAUACUAAAAUCAGUCAGAGAAUCAAAAAUAGAAAAAGCAAAAGAAAGAAUAAAUUUAAAUGUUAUUGGUAACGUAACAGCACAAUCUUAAUUUAUGAAAAUUGCGAAAGAUUUAGCAUCAUCUAUUUUAGGAAUUCCACCAAAACAAUAAAGAUCAUUAGAAGAUGAAUUUUCUGAUUACGAUACAACAGUCAUUGCAAGAAAUCCAAUAGUUUCUAGUCUUAUAUCUAUUAUUUCUUAUAUGGACACUCUUGGAGUAUAAGAGACUAAUUCUUCUAAAAAUCAGAAUCAACAGUCUAUAUAAUCAAAUUUUGAAAUUGAAAUAUAAAAAGAAGUUUGUGGAAUUCUUUUAUACUUUUAAGAUUAAAGAUAAGAUUUUUAUGUCUCAAACUUUAUUUAAUUUUAUAAGAAUUUUACAAAUAAAUUUUAAUAGUUUAGUUGGAAUAAUACUUUAUUAAAAGAUAAAUUUUUAAAAGAUUUAGAAUCAGAAUUAGUGUAGGCUUUGCCGCCAUUUUUAAAAACCGGAAUAGAAGCUAUAGAUAAAUAAGCUUAGACUAACAUAGAGGCUAUUUAUAAAUCAAAUGAUAUGAAUGAAUUAAUUGGUGUUGGAAAUUUAUUAGCAUAAUCGAAAAAAUUUUAGAUUUAAAACUCUUAAUUAACAGAAACGAUGGAUUUAGAUAAAUUGACAUCUGGGGAGACUUAGGCUGAGUUAUAAUUGUUACCUUCCUUAAUUGUAACAUUUUUUGUCACAAAUGAUUUUGGAUUAUAAAAUGAACUUAUUGAAUUAAUGAGAAGAUCUUUCUCUUAAGUUUCUGAAAUGAUGUAUCAUUUAAAUAGAAUUGAAUUAUUAUUCGAUAAAGUUGAGAUUGGUUGUUAUUAAUUUUUAGAGGUUUCAAUCUAAGAAUUGAAAGUGAUUACAGAAUGUUCUGAAGUAUGGUUAGUUGAUUUUUUAGCAUCUCCAUAAGGUGAAGUUAAGGAAAUUUAAAAGAUCCUAAAAAUUUUGGGAGAUUUAUAAUUGUUAUUAAAAUAAGGAACAUCUAUAGAUCAUAAAAGUAGAGUAAUAAAUGGAACAGAUUAAAUCUCUCUUUCUAGAUAAAAAAUCUUUAAUUUCUUGAAUGCUUAUGAACCUUUACUAAAUUUUAUAAGAGAUACUCAAUAGUAAUUAGUAAAAGUCUUAGAUGAUCCAUUUUACUCAAUAGAAACAAAGAGUUAUGUGAUAUAACUUUUAAAAGCAUUAUUUGCAUUGCUAACAGAUUUUUGUGAUAAAAAUGAUGAAAAUUAAAAAAUAAUGCAUAAAAAUGCAAGUCUCUUUAUGGAUGAAUUAUAACAUGAUUAUGGAUAAAUGAAUCUUCUAAGUGCAAUUUAUAGAGAUAAUAAAUAACUCUGUUAAAAAAUAGAUGAAACUUUAUUAAAAAAAAUAAAAUCAUUUAUAUAUUCAUAUGGAAGAUAAGCAAGAUUUCUCCAUUUAUAUAAAAAUAUAUAAACUUAUAAGAAUAACCCAAUAAUAGAAGUAUAAACAAAAGUGCUGCAAUUGUUUAUUCCUCAACACAUAAGUACAGAAGAUUAUACAGAUAUUAAUGAAUUUUAUCUUUAUGGCGAAUUUAAAGCAAUUGAAGGUAGGAAAGUCCUUGAAUUCACGUUUGAAAGAUCAUAAGAGGCUAAAUUAUGUGAUCAACCUUAUUUAUAUCACAGUGGAAUAUUAUAAGUUUUAUUAGCAACAAUUGUUGGUGAAGAGAGCUUUAAAAUAAAUUCCCCAAAGUUAAAGAAAUUAUUUAAAUUGCAUUAUUUACUUGAAUUAUUAUUAUAACCAGAUGAUUUUUUAUCAGAGGAAGCAAAUAUUUUGGAAGGAUUGGUUGAGGUUAAUCUUUGUAUGGUUGAUGGAAUAAAACAUAUUAAACCAUAAAUUAUAGAAAUGGCAAAUUUACUCUAUGUAAAUAACAAGGUUACAGAUUUAUAUUUGUUUAUUAAAGAAUAACAUACCUUUACUGAGUUUUUUGCAUAAGAAAAAAGUAGAUUAGUUAAAAUUUAAUCUUUACAAGGAAAUUUUGACUCAUAUUUACAAUAUUUUUUUGAUUAUGUAAUAGUUCUAAUGAAAUAUUAUUCAAAAAAAGUCAUUACAAAGGAUUCAGCUUCUGAAUAUCGAGAAAGAAGUGAUUAUAUGGAAUUGAAAGAUGUAAUGAACAUCAUUCUUGGAAUGUGUAAUACAAUGAUUUCGCAUAAGUUAAGAGUUAAUUAAUAUAAUAAUUUGGUUGAAUUUGUACAUUCUCUUGAUGAAUAAACUCUAACAGAUAAUGCAGGGUAGAUAUCAUAGUCAUUAUAAUAAUAAGAAUUUACAAAACCAUAAGCAGAAGAAGAUAACUAAACAAUUUUUACAUAAAAAAAAAAGGAUUCUCCAUUAAUUCAAAAUGAGAAAGAUGAAAAGUUAAAAAGAACGAAUAAUAAAACUGAUAUUGAUUAACUAAAUUAAGAAACUGUGGAUUGGAAUACAAAAAAGGCUUGGGAAAAAUUUUUAGAAGAAUGCUAACAACUUUAAUCAACAAAAAAAACUUAAUCAAUCGAAAUGAGAAUUUUAAGUUAAACAUUUUAAGAGGUACAUAAAUUUGUUCCAGAUGCUAUGAUAAAAGAACUAAGUUUGUAAAAUUUUUGUUUUAAGGACUUCUUAAAAAAAUUAAUUAGAUUUAUCGAAGUAGGAAUAAUUAAUAAAGCAAAUAAAUCAAAUUUAAUAUAUACUUUAUAGCUUUUAGAAGACAUUUUAGAUUCUAAGGAUGAUUUAGAAAAAAUUCAAAAUGAAUUUGAUUCCUGUUAAGCAACUAGAAUGUUCUUGAAUUUAUUAGCUGAUUUUUAGGUUUAUCCUUUUGACGAUGAUUUGUUAAUAUAAUUAUUUAAAUUUGCUUUAAAAUUAAGCAAAAAUGGAAAUUAACGAAUACAAACAACAGUAUUUAAUUAUUUUAGCAAUUUUGAAAAAUCCGAGAUGAUAUUUCUAAAGAUGAACCAAAUAAUUUAUGAAGUAAUUAAUGAAAAUAAGAAAACCUAAUAACUUUUAAUGUAGUAAAAAAGUUAAAAAGAUAAGGAUUAACAUUAAAAAUAACUCUAUUUAUCAAGUAUUUAAGAAUAAUAAAAUGAGGAUGAAUCUACAUCAAAAGAAGCAUAAGAAGCAAGAAGGAGCAAAAUGAGUAUAUUAAUUUAUUUGCUUAAGUACUUUUAAUUGAUUUGCGAAGGUCAUAAUUUAUAGAUUUAAAAUUAUCUUAGGUAAUAAUAUAAUAGUAGAAACAAUUAUAAUAUUGUUUAAGCUAUGGUUGAAUUAUUAUGUGCAUUUGAGAAUGAUUUACAAAGAGAUUCUUUUGAAGUGAUUAUGAACACAUUAGAAACCUUAACUGAGCUUGUUUAAGGUCCUUGUUCCUAAAAUCAAUAAGAUAUUAUUGAUUCCUUAUUUUUAGAUGUUGCAUCAAAUUAUUUAAAUAUGCACAUAGAGUCAAAGAAAAAAAAAGAUUCAGAUGGAGGAUAAGAUAAAGAAGAACAUUCUAUGAGAGAAAGAUCAAAUUCACUUUAGUCUAAAAGUACAGCAAAGGCAGGCGGCAAAGUGAAAACAAUAUAAAUAGAUAGGUGGAUGUUGGAAAGAUUAAAAUAUAAAUGCAUGGUAUUAGUGAGUUCAUUAUUAGAAUUGAACUCAGAUACAAAUGCUAUAAAACGCAUUUUAAGAUCCUUACCAAUUAAUGUACUUAAAAAGAAUUUAAUUAUUAUUUAUAAAAAGCAUUAAAAAAUGUACAAAAAAUUGGGUUAUAAUAAAGAAUCUUUGGGACAUGUAAUUAAAUUAAAUUAAAUUUUUAGCUUGAAGAGAAUCCUCAUAUUUCAACUAAGCCUCCAGAAUAUCAUGAACUAAUUUUAGAAACUGGAUUUUUAAUUUAUUUUUUAAUCAAUCACUACGCAAAUUUAGAUACAAAAGAAAUCGAUCCAGCCACCAGAGAUGAACUUGAAGAAAUUAAAGAAAGUUAAAAAAACUCUGAUUAGGAAGAUCCAUGGGCUUAGUUAUAAAAUUCACUUAUUGGACAAUUGGCAAGUUUAGUAUUUUCAUUGGUUGGUGGAAUAUUAGAAAUGAUAAAUGAAUGGAGAGAAUAUGCUCAACAAUAAUUAAUGAAAUAGUUUAAAGGAAAAGAAAGUGCAGAAGAAGAUGAAAAACGAAAGGCAGCUAAAAAAUUAGCAGCAUAACAAUUAUUUAAUGAUAGCAUAAUGUUUUUUUAAAAGAAUUCUGCUACUGUUGAAGUGAUCAGAGAUUAAUAGAUAGAAAAAAUUAUUUUCUAUAAAUUAUCUUUUUGUAAUUAUUUACCUCAAGAAACAAAAACUGAAUUUCAUGAAACAGUAGAUAGAGAUUCUACUAAUUCUAAAGUAAGCGCUUUAGUAGAAAAUAUGCCAAACUUUAUGGAUGUAGCUAAACAUGAAGAAGAACUUACACAAUUUUUUAACUAAAAUAAAUUUGUUGCAUUAUUUGCAAAGUAUGUUAUCUUAUGGAAAGAUUUGUGUUUUUUGUUGACUUUAGUUUUAAAUGUUUUUAUUGUUCUAUCCUACUAUGAGGGGGAUUCAGAUGAUCCAGACUAAAGAUUCUUUGAUAGAUUAAAUUCUCCAAAAUUUUUAAAAAUGCUUUCUGUUGAGGAAACAAUGUCCAUUUUUAGAUAUUGUGGAAUUGGUAUGAUUGUUUGUUCAUGCUUUGUUGUCUCUUUUUUUAUUUUAAAAAAGGGACCAUUAUAUGUAAAGGAAGCAUGGAAUCAAAGCAAAGACUUAAUUAAGGAAGAUUAAAUUUGGAUUAUUAAAUUCUUUUUAAAGUUAUAUAUGGUUGGCUUUUGUUUAGUUAAAGUGCUAUUAAAUAUUGAUAUGAUUUAUUAUUUGGCUUAUGGAGUUUUAGCUUUUAUUGCUACAUUAGUUCAUCCUUUCUUUUUUGCUUUUCAUUUAAGUGAAGUAGUUUUAAGAUAUCCUACUCUAAGAAAUAUUAUUAAAUCAUUUUGGGAACCAAAAGUAGCAUUAGGUUUGACAUUUAUUUUAGUUCUAUUAAUGAAUUAUUACUUUACCUUAAUGGCAUAUUUAUUAUUUUAUGAUAUUUAUACAAAUGGUAUCUUAUUCAUCAUAUAUAUUUAGGAAAAUGUGAUUCUUUAUUAGUUUGUUUUCUUUCGACGUUUGAUUAUGCAUUUAAAAAUAAUGGUGGAAUUGGUGGUUGGUUUGAUGGUAAUUUUCCUUAGGAUCCUGCAGAUUAUAGUUAUGGAAGAUUUUUUUUUGACUAAUUGAAUAAUAUUCUUAUUCAAAUGAUCAGCAUUUAGAUAUUUUCAGGUAUUAUUAUUGAUACCUUUGGCGAAUUGAGAGAACAAUAAUUAACUAAAGAAGACGACAAAGAGAAUAUUUGUUUCAUAUGUGGACUUGAUAGAGAAAUAUUUGAUAUGAAAUCUGAUGAUGGUUUUAAUAAACAUACCAAAUAAAACCACUAUAUGUGGAAUUAUGUCUUUUAUAUGGCCUAUAUGGACAAUAAAAAUAAAAGUGAAUAUAACGGAAUAGAAACAUAUAUUGCAAAUAAAAGAAAAAAUUAAGACAAUUCAUGGUUCCCAAUUGGCUAAUCUCUAGAACUUUAAGAAGAACUAGAGGACUAACAAAUGAUUGAAGAUAAAAAAAUUUCUAAUUUAUAAUAAAGAGUAAAGAUAGAUAAUAUAAUAGAUUGAUGGAAUUAAAUUAAAAAGUGAAAGGGUACUUUAAAUUUUAAAUGACAUUCAAGAAUAAGUUGGCUGAUAAAAUAAUUUAC